AUGGGAAAGUGUGCCUUUAUUACUGUAGGUACAACUCAAUUUGAUCUAUUAAUUGAGACGAUUAUUCAUGAUUCGAAUGUACUUGAAACACUUAUUAAUCGUUUACAUAUUGAUAAAAUAAUUUUACAAACGGGUAAUAGUCAAAUGCCAUCGUAUGAUAAUCUAUCAAUUCCUAUUGAACAUUAUAAAUAUAAAGAUUCAAUUGAUAAUGAUAUUCAACAAGCUGAUAUUGUUAUUAGUCAUGCUGGUGCCGGAACGAUUCUACAAACACUUGAAGCACAUAAACCAUUAUUAGUUGUUGUGAAUGAAAAACUUAUGAAUAAUCAUCAAUUAGAAAUUGCACAUGAAAUGGAACAACAAGGUUAUUUAUAUCAUUGUACUUGUUCAACAAUCGCUAAAACAUUAGAAAAAUAUGUUAAUCAUAAAUUUCGACAAUAUGAAAAGGGUAAUCCAUUAUUAUUUGGUCACUAUUUAAAUCAGAUUAUGUCUUAA